AAUAUUUUGCAAAUAUUCCCUUUUAUUAAAAGUUUCAGAUUGGAAGGUCGGAAUGUCGACGGGGAAGGAUGCUAAGGUUGGAGACAGGGUAGAGCUCGCGGAGAAGGAUUGCGCGGGGAAGAUCGCGUAUAUUGGGUCAGCCCAAUUUUCUGGAGGAAAAUGGUAUGGAGUCAUUCUUGAUGAACCGAAGGGAAAGAAUAAUGGAACUAUUGGUGGAAAAAAAUACUUCACAUGCGAGCCGGGACAUGGGGUGUUUGUUCGUGUUUCACAGAUAACGGCGGUGUUGCCAGGUUCGAAUGAGAAUUCUCCUGGCAAGAAGACUCCAAAUAAAGUCCCCAGCAGGGAAAACAGUAUGAGUAAUCUAACUCAGAGACAGAAAAGUGAUCUGGCCAGAUCUGCUAAAAAAGAUGCUUCUGCAACUCCUAAACGUCAGCAGAGUGACUUCAACAAGCCCAGUGAGGUCAGCGAGCAAAUGGAAACUGUCAAGGAGGGGGAGGAAGAUCCUGGAAUACAAGUUGGAAGUAAACUAAUUCAACCUAGAAGUCGUCUUCCUUUACCAGGAGCUGGCCGGCAGCCAUCUUUCACAAAUAUAACACGGAAAAGUGUGGACAAUACUCCUAAACCAGAGAAACAACCUUACCAAAGAGAACGAUCGUUUGUCGAGACAAAUUUCGUUCAAACUCCUCGUUCUACAAAUGUGACCCAGAUACUGCCAGAACGGAAUCCUACUCCAGGGGCCCGGAGUUCUUCUAAUUCUAGUGCUAGUGCAAGUCCAUCGCUAAGCACCGUUAUGCUCUCAGAGAAAAUGGAGGAAAAGGUUCAAAACAUUCAGCUACAACAGGAGAUCAAUAAUUAUAAGGACGAGAUAAGAGACUUAGGAGAGAAGCUGGAGACCUUGAAGGUGAAGAGAGCCCAGGACAAGGAGAAGAUGAAGGACUUUGAGAAGAUUCUUCUUCAGAACGAACAGUUGAUCGAGUUUAAGUCUCGUAUUAUGGAAUCCCAGUCUACGCUGCAGAAGGAGUUACAGAAGGCCAAGCAUGAUGCUAGGGAGGCUGUGGAGGCCAAGGAUCGUCAUGCCGAAGAGAUGUCUGAUCUCAGCGAAACUGUUGAGAUGGCCACCCUAGACAAGGAGAUGGCGGAGGAGAAGGCAGAGACCCUUCAGCUUGAGCUUGACGCAGCGAACGAGAGAAUCGAGGAGUUAACCCUUGACCUCGAAAUCAUCAAGGCUGAGAUUGGGCAGGACGGGAAGAUGCGGGAGGACGGCGGUGUAACGACUUUCGAGCUUAAGGCUCUUCAAGCUCAGAACGAGAAGCUGCGUGAGACCCUGGUCUCUAUGCGAGAUCUGUCGGCUCAUGAGAAGCAUGAGAUCACGAAGCUCACCAAGGAUUUGGAGGAGAAGGUGGCAGAGCUGGCGGUGAAAACGAAGGAUCUUGAGAAGUUGUCCCGUCAGGUUGAGGAUAUGGAGCAAACCAUCUCCGAUCUACAGGAGCAGGUUGAUGCUGCUCUGGGUGCUGAGGAGAUGGUGGAGAACUUAACCACAAAAUGUUUAGAUUUGGAGGACAAGGUUGUUCUCCUUAUGGAGGAAAAAGCCGACCUCGAGGCCCUGCAUGAUAUUAACGAGGAGAUGCAGGAGAAUGCUCGAGAAAUAGAGUUGGAACUCCGUGAGGAGAUUGAUAUGACCCAGGCGAAAAUCCGGGAACUCACCCGGGAGAAGGAAGCGUCGCAUGAAGUCGUCUUCGAUCAUGAAAAUACAAUCGCUAAGUUUCGCACUUUUGUCUCCCAGGUUCAAGAGCAAAAUAAACAGCUACGGGAGGCUCUAGAGAAGGAAACGAGCAAACCCGUAUCUGGCGCGAUGGGUGUAUCUCACGAGAUGCUGGACUUCAAGAAAAUGUUUGCCGAGACCAAGGCCCACGCCAAGGCGAUCGACGUCGAGCUGCGGCGGUUGGAAAUCCAGGAAGCAGGGAAUCAUGUCAAGUAUCUGAUGGCGUACAUGGGAGAAUCUUUCCUUUCCAGAGGGGGUGACUAUGAAGCUAUUCAGGUGAUGCUACUGGUGCCCCGACUAGUCUGUAAGUCUGAUAUUCUCCACGGACAGAUCAAGGCUCUCUUCCAACCUCCGGAGAAGAUUGAUUCUAACUCCGUCCUUAAAGGUCACACUGUUGACAGACAUGUGUUUGGUAGUCGGAUGAUUCAUCUUCUCUAUUCCUUGGAUAAAACUUUACACCAGUUCAACCAUGCUCUAAACACGUGUUCAGUUGAAACUAUGAUGAGGGUCGGGACACUUUACCCAGAGAUGACGGUACAUGAGAAGGGGCUGGAUUUCUACCUGGACCUGCUGCAUAAAGGUCAACUGGACGAGAAUAUUCACCUGGUCAACCUGGAGAAGACGGUAAACUACUUUAACACCAUCUACCCGAUCCACCUGGGGGACUUGAAGACCAACUGCGGGAUCUUCCUCACAGAUCACGUGAAGAUCUUCCUGGCUGGAUUAGAUAAUCUCAGGUGUGAGGUGCAGAGAAUCCGCGUGAUUAUGGACGUGAAGGCGGAGAGCUCCGAGGUUGGGAUCCUCCUCAAGACCCUGGAGAACCAGGUCAAGGAGUUUGAGGCAACCGUCAAGAAUGUUAAACGCCGUCUUCCUCAGGACGGGUCCCAAGGUCCCAUCACGUUCCCUGAAAGUGUUGGCGUUACAAUCACCCAGUGCGCCACCAACCUGGCGCAGGUGAUUAAGGUCAUGGAUACCUUCGGGAAGGCCGCGAUGGUACUUGCCAUCUCUGAUCCAGAUUCAGGAGUUCCAGGACCUAAACUCCACGAGGCUCUCCUGGAUGCUAUUGAAGCUAGAGUAGAGGGAGGAGAACAGAGUCUAGAGUUUAUUUCAAAAAGUUUGGCUCUAGCACUUGCUAAACUUGGUGUGAUAGCAACGGCUAUACAGAACGGUGAAUAUGAUUUCGACGGUACGCGGGAGGAGAAGGGAGUUCAGCCAAUCUUUAUCCGAGCAGAAGCUGUCAAGGCGGAGAUUAAAGAAGCAACAGGUUUGAAGUAUAAAUUGGAAGCGAAGGAUAUGGAUAUCAAGGAGCUAAAGAAGCUCGUCAAGAUGAAACAGGACGAGCUCUCCGAGAUGCAGGUUCGGAAGGAUUUACUUGAGAAGAAACUUUCUGAUACUAAUAGAGAUAGUGAUCUGAUGGUAGAAAAACUACAGAGGAAGCUGGAUGAUGCCAACAACUUGUUGUUGAGGAAAAAUAAGGAGUUUGACGAGACAUUAGAUUCCCUUCAGGCGGACAUUGACAGUCUUGAAUCGGAGCGAGGUGUUCUCAAGGACAAAAUGACCCAAAUGUCUAAAAAGGCAUUGAUCCAAGGACUCUCCAAGUCCCAGAAUCUGGAGGGACCGAUUAGCCUUGGUCCAAGUAUUCCUAGUCCUGUACGGGACUCACCGCUACUUGUACAACAAGUGGCAGAUAUGCGGGCAGCUGUACAUAGUCUGCAGUACAGUAGAGCCAGGAUUCAAGGCCAGGAUAUGAGGGAUAGAUUAAGCAAGCUAAAACCUAUAAAAGUACCAAAGAGAAUAAUUGGAGAAACUACGGAAAAGGGUGAUAAGGGGAAAGAAAGUAAUUCUGAACUUGGUGAUUUAAUGAGGAGAUGUAAUACGGCGCGAAGCUCCCUGUUUUCUCUUCUCUGUUCCCAGGAGGUUGUUGAUAUCACAAGAACCAAGGCUGGAGUCUCUAAGCUAAACCACAAGGACUAUGCUCUGAUAGGACGGAUAAAGUUAGGACAAGAACCUAACCAAGCAGAGAAUGGAUCUGUUCCACUAAUCUUAAACCUGGAACAGCUCAAGCAAAUUCAUUCAACCAUCAUGGUUUGA